GUAAAACUACCUUCUAAAAUCAUGUAAAAUCCUAGUGAAUUACCAGGCCCGCUUCGUUUCAUUGGUGGGCCGGCCCUAGGCCGGGCAACUCUAGGGACAACAAAUGAAAAUUUACAUCAAUUUUUGAAUAAUAUUUCUUCUAAUAUUUGAAUAUGUUUAAAUAAUAGAGACUAUGAAUAGUUAGGCAAUAGUUUGACUUUCAGUUCCUAGCAAAGAAAAAACUGGACAUCAAAUUUGACUAGCAACAUGAAUUAGAAUGGAAACCCAAUGAAAGAAAAAUAGGACAGAACUGUUUCGUGAGCUGCACUUGUAAUCAAAUUAUACCAUGGCACAAUCUUUUUUCCUAACAAUCGCCUUUCUAACUUUAACUGUUGGAGCAGCCAAGCAUCAUAUACUUUUUCCAAAUCAAGAGCUUAUUCUUGGGCAGACUCUAGUUUCUCAAAACCAAGUUUUUGAAACUGGCUUUUUUUCACCUGGAAAAUCCUUGAAAAGAUUUUUAGGAAUAUGGUACAAGAGCACACCAGAUGUUGUAGUAUGGGUUGCAAAUAGAAACCAUCCCAUCCCUCCCUCAGAAGCACCGGUGUUGAUGAUUUCCCGAAAUACAAAUCUUGUUAUAAGCAGUGGCAAAAGCAUUAUCUGGUUGGCAAAUUCAUCAAGGGUGGCAUCAAAUCCAAUUUUACAGAUCUUGGAUACUGGAAAUUUAGUUCUUAUUGACAACAUGAGCACAACACAAGGCUAUGCAUGGCAGAGUUUUGAUUAUCCAACUGACACCAUGUUGCCGGGAAUGAUGAUGGUGGACGACAAUGAUAGCGGUGUCGAAAAGUAUAUGACGUCAUGGACAAGUCCGGAUGAUCCUUCUCCAGGUGAUUUUGUUUAUAAGAUCCAAAACCAAGGCUUAGCUGAUAUAGUGGCUCUGGAAGGGGCAAGAAAAAGAUACCGGCUUGGACAGUGGAAUGGAAUGCACUUUUCCGGCCAUCAAAGAUUGCCCAAUCCCAUUUUCAAGCCAGUGUUUGUUUUCAAACAAGAGAGGUUGAUAUCCAUUGUAGAUCCCUACGACAGCUCACUUUUCGUAAGAACCACUUUACAUACAUCUGGUUCAAUCAUGCGGUAUACUAUGAAUCUCAGAAAAGACAAGUGGAAUCUUGCCACCAUGUUUCCCCUGGAUACAUGCGACGAAUAUGCCAGUUGUGGUCCUAACAGUAUCUGUAGGCCCGACAGGCCAAUAAGAUGCGAGUGUUUAAGGGGAUUUGCGCCAAAGUUCCAAACAGAUUGGGACUUUCAAGAUUGGUCCGGAGGAUGCACUAGAACUAGACUAUUAAAUUGCCAUGGUGGAGAUGGAUUUCUACCACUCAGAGGGGUUAAGUAUCCAGAUAUGUUGAGGUUUUGGUUAAAUACAACAAUGAGCCUUGGUAAGUGCAAAGUUGAGUGCUUAAAAAACUGCAGUUGCACUGCUUAUGCUAAUCCAUCCAUUACUAAUGGAGGCACUGGUUGUUUGAUGUGGUUUGGCGAACUCAUUGAUACCAAACAACUUUCUGGAGCAGAUAGUAAGCAGAAUGUCUAUAUCCGGGUUCCAGUUUCUGAACUAGAUUUUAACACAGGUUUAGAGGAGGAGAACGAGAUGGAGAAGGAGAAGAAAAGUCCUAUAAAGAUAAUACUGAUAUCAAUUGCUUCUGGUGUUCUCAUCUCAGCCUUUAUCAGCGGAGGCGUAGCAAGAUUAAAGAAGCGAGCAAUGACAGAGAAUAAUGAAGAUCUAGAAUUACCUGUGAUCAAAAUGACAACUAUUGUGCAAGCAACAAAUAAUUUCUCCAUGGAAAACAUGAUUGGAGUUGGAGGCUUCGGUCAUGUUUACAAGGGGAACAUGCCAUCAGGAGAAGAAAUCGCAGUCAAAAGAUUGUCGAGGUCUUCAGGGCAAGGUCUUGAAGAGUUUAGAAAUGAAGUUAUGGUGAUUGCAAAACUCCAACAUAGAAACCUUGUCAGAUUAUUGGGAUGUGGCAUUGAAAAAGAGGAAAGGAUACUAGUCUAUGAAUACCUCCAAAAUAAAAGCCUUGAUUAUUUCAUUUUUGAUAACAGCAGGAGAGAAUUGUUGACAUGGCCUAAGCGUUUUGAUAUUAUUAUGGGAACUUCAAGGGGACUACUAUAUCUCCAUCACGAUUCCAGAUUAAAGAUCAUUCAUAGGGAUCUCAAAACGAGCAAUAUUUUACUAGACACAAAUUUAACUCCAAAAAUAUCAGAUUUUGGGUUAGCAAGAAUAUUUCAAGAGGAUCAAUCUCUUGGUAGAACAAAACGCGUUGUUGGAACAUAUGGAUACAUGGCUCCCGAAUAUUUAAUGGAUGGAAAAUACUCGGAGAAAUCUGACAUCUUUAGUCUUGGAGUCGUGUUGCUAGAGAUAAUCAGCGGCAAAAAGAGCAGAGGAUAUGGACCCUCAGAUCACUAUCUAAACCUCUUGAGCCAUGCAUGGUUGCUAUGGAAAGAAAACAGGAUCCUAGAGUUGAUGGAUGAAUGUUUAGAUGAUACAUUUGUGGAGUGUGAAGUGAUGAGAUGCAUGCAAGUGGGAUUAUUGUGUGUUCAGAAAUUUGCACAUGAUAGGCCAAUCAUGUCAUCAGUGAUUCCAAUGUUAGAAAGUGAUGGAACAAAUCUUCCUCAACCAAAAGAGCCUGGGUUUUUUGUUGAGAGAAAUUCAAGCCCUGCGGCUAUGGAAGUGGGAACUAUUACUUCACCAUCAGAGAAUGAGACAAUCACCAUUACUGACUUGGAGGCCAGAUGAUGAGGCAUAGUUCUGACAAUUUACGGUUAUGUACCAUUGAUAUUUUUCAUGGUAUGUUAUUUAGUUUGUUUAGUUCAUGUAGGAGUGUCUAUUUGUUUGUUCAAGAGAAAAAGAUGAGAGAAGUUAAUUUAGGGACUA